CCCUCGAUAAACCAGCACAAUUUUCAGUAGCCAAAAUGUCCUCUUCAUGCACAUUGCAGCAGUAAAUCAGAUUAAUUUUGUUAAUCCAGCACCCUCCCUAAUCCAGCAGAUUUUCGUGGCACAAAUGGUGCCGGAUUAUAGAGGGACCACUGUAGUUGUAGUCCACCAAACUCAAAACUCUGGCAGUUCAUACUAUCUUUUCUCACAGUUUGUCCUGAAAACUACACCUCGAUCUUCCCCAGCUGGAUAGUUUCGUUGAUUCUGGCUCAGCUACUAGCUUUAUUGUAGCGCGUGACACUUGGUUGUUGAAAAACUCUUUGCUAGCACUUAGUUUUUACCCUAUCUUUCACGACACCGUACCGAGUGUUCGCUGUUUUCUUGAAAAGUAUUCUGAGAGGAUGGCGAGGCGUUAUGAGGAGGGUGGCUUUAGCUUUGCCUCUGCGGGCGGCAGGUCGGCUGAAAGCUCCUCUGGCCAGACCGACGUUGGGAAGGAGCUGCAAGAAAUUUCUGGCAUGAACCGACGGUUCACUGCCAUGAUUGGAAAGAUUGGUGGCACGGCGGACUCUGGGUCGCUGAGAAAACAGAUCCAUGAGCUGCAAUCAAUGUUCACACGUUCUGUCAAGUCGGCCAAGACCAGCAUUACACAGCAAGUAAAGAGUUCUGACUCUGCGGUGAAGCUACAAGGCAAUCGCUUCCUGCAGUCACUGCAGGGUGAGGUGACCGCGUUUGAAGAGUCGCUCAAGGAACUGCGCAAUAAGGAGCAGAGAUAUCCGGCUACUAACUUUGCUUCGUCGGCCUCUACCAGCAAAGGAGAUUUCAGUUUUGAGUAUGACGAUGACCGGGGUGGCCAAGCCGGUGGUACGGCAGCAACAGAUAACUUUGCCGCACAGCGCCAGGCUGAUAUGCAGGAUAUAGAGCGGCGACAAGAGGAUCAUGAUGCGCUGAUGAACCUUGAAGGCGAUAUGCGGGACCUUCACACAAUGUUCGUUGACAUGGCUGCUCUUGUCAAUGAUCAAGGAGAGAUGGUUGAUCACAUUGAGGAUAACAUUGCCUCAGCGGAGAUGAAAGUGGAGGCUGCUGCAGAUAGCACGCGACAGGCUGCAACGUACCAGAGCAAGGCGCGUCGCAAGAAGGUCAUGUGUGCCAUCAUCUUGGGAACUGUGCUGGUCGUCAUCAUUGUCGUAGUGGUGGUAGUCACUACGAAGAAAUGAUCGCAAUGCCGGCCGCGCGGCGACGAAUGAAGGGAGACAGGAGAGCCAGCCAAUGCGUAUGCACGCCAGGCAGUUGUCGCUUGGUGGAAGUGACACAGUGGUGUUUCCGGCUGCCCUGGUCGCACGAGACGUUGCGGUAAUAACUUUGUGGGGGUGGUGGGUAUCAGCAGUGCUCUCUCUCUGCAGUGGUGCUCUUCAGGAAAUACAUACUGCCUUUGCCUGUCUUUGCUUUGGGUUUCCGCCGGGAAUGGUGGUGGCAUGUCAGUUGGAUGUAGAUAUUAUUAUUAUUCUUUGCUACCGCUGUCGAUAGGCAGGUCUUGAUCUGCCUAUCGUUGUUUGGGUUGAUGGGUAGAGUGCUGGGGGUGGUUGCUUUUUAAUGUUCCUAUCGGCUGUGUGCUGCUGGACGAGUCUAUUUUCACCAGUUUUAAUCCUCAUUUCUUUUUAUUAAUUUUUGCACAUACUCAUGAAACUAGGGAAUUUUAGCAUUUUUUUUACAAUUUUUGAACUUUGACGGUGUGGUGUGACCUGUAUCA